AAUAAAUGUAGGGAGAUGAAAAAGAGGCCUAAAUGAGUAAGUAUAGAGAGCAGGUUAUUCAUGCUGAAACUUUGAAUAUGAUGGCUAAAUACUAAUUAAUAUUUUUAAAGAUGGAAAUCUCUAUGAGAAAAGUAGCACUAAUACUCAAAUUAAAGUAAUACUAACUGUUAAUAGUAGAGGAAACUAAUAAAAAUUUUAUGCCUUUAGAAAACUCAAGAAAACUAGCUCUUAUAGUGCUAAUCAUUUUAAAGUGUUAUUUACUUAAAUAGCAUUGAAAUAUUAAUAAGUUGGAAUGAUUAUUCAAAAAAGAUAAAAAAGGAAUCUACAUCAUGCUUUCUUAAAAGUUCGUUUAUUAUUUCCCAAAAAUAAAAAUGAUAAAAUAAGAAGAUCUUUUUUAUAAGUUAUUGCUUCAAAAGAUGCUGAAAUUAAAAAUCUAUAAAUCAAAGAGCAAGAAAUCACAGAAAACAUAACCAAUUAGAAGUUAAAAGAAUAAGAACUUUAAUCAAAAUUGAAAUAAAAAGAAUUGAUCUUGACUCAGCUUGAAAAUGAAUUAAGAAAAAAUUCCGCUAAUAAGACUCUUGAUUCAAAAGUAUUUAAUGAUUAUAUUAAGUUACGAAAUUUAGAAAUUGAAAAUUAAGAGAUGUAGGAUCGCAUAAUGGGUACAGAAGAUUCUGUUAGUCUCUUCAUAAGAGAGAUGAAUGAUAUGUUGGAUGGUCAUGAAAUCAGUACUAAUUUAGGUAAAUUUUAUCGACUACUCGAUAGGGAUAGACUCAGAUGAAAAUUAGUCUUAUGAAUAACCCCCUUAAGUUAUAGAAUAUCAAAGUCAACGUUUGAAUUAAAAUUCGAGACAACAAAAAUCUAAGAACUUUUACUCUAAUUAAUUGACAAGGAGUACUAAAAUUAAUUGA